AUAAUAUAUCCUGGUUUCUCCCGCAGACACACUUUGGCACUCAUGGCGCAUAAAUAGGUAAAUAACGCGGAUAAAUAGCCAUGCAGGUCGAGAAUUGCAUCUCGCCGGCGAGUGAACUCUCCAAGAAAUUUAUGAAUGUGGGCAGUGGCUUCUCCAGCUCCGAUGGAUCAGAGCUUUCGUUGCAGGACCAUCCUAUUAUAUCUGCGAGUGACAACCUGGAGAGAAGUUCACCUCUGAAAAAAAACUCUAGGGAGAUGACGAAUCAGUCAGAGGCAGACAAUUUUCCCGACUCCAAGGACGCAUCAGGGGACGUCCAGAGGGGCAAACUCUCUCCUGAUCUUCACGGAGUCUCUGACAUCCGUCAUAAUUUCGAUGGAUCUGCAGGAGAAAGGUGCAUCUUUUCUCCAUCCGCACAGCCUCAGUCAGUCUCAGCAGCCACCAUGUUCCCGUACCCAAGCCAGCAUGGACCCGCGCACCCGGCUUUCUCUAUUGGAAGUCCCAGUCGCUACAUGGCUCAUCAUCCGGUCAUAACAAACGGAGCUUACAACAGCCUUCUGACCAACACUUCUCCUCAAGGCUACGCCGCGGCCGGCUACCCUUACGCGCAGCAGUAUGGACACACUUACCAAGGAGGGGCAUUUUACCAGUUCUCCUCCGCGCAGGCAGGACUGGUGCCGGGGAAAGCGCAGGUGUAUCUGUGCAACAGGGCCCUAUGGCUCAAGUUCCACAGGCACCAAACGGAGAUGAUCAUCACAAAGCAGGGACGACGAAUGUUUCCAUUCUUAAGCUUCAACAUCUCUGGCCUCGACCCAACUGCACACUACAAUAUAUUUGUGGAUGUAAUACUUGCUGAUCCAAAUCACUGGCGAUUUCAAGGAGGCAAAUGGGUGCCAUGUGGUAAAGCUGACACAAAUGUUAUAGGAAAUAGGGUUUAUAUGCACCCUGAUUCACCAAAUACCGGUGCGCACUGGAUGCGCCAAGAAAUCUCAUUUGGAAAGCUAAAGCUCACAAACAACAAAGGUGCAUCCAACAACACGGGGCAGAUGGUGGUCCUCCAGUCUCUCCACAAGUACCAGCCCAGGCUCCAUGUGGUGGAAGUAAACGAGGAUGGGACAGAGGACACGAGCCAACCAGGAAGAGUCCAGACUUUCACCUUCACCGAGACGCAAUUCAUCGCAGUCACAGCCUACCAGAACACCGACAUUACGCAGUUGAAAAUUGAUCACAAUCCGUUUGCUAAAGGAUUUCGGGACAAUUACGACACUGUCUACACAGGCUGCGACAUUGACCGCCUUACUCCAUCACCGGGUGACUCUCCGCGUUCACAGAUCGUGCCGGGUGCGAGAUAUGCCAUGCCUAGCUCUUUCCUACAGGACCAAUUUGUCAGCACUUAUGCCAAAUCUCGCUUUCACCCUGGCGUGGGGACUGGGCCUGGCACAGAGCGCAGCGUCCCACUCGGCAACAGCUUGCUCUCCCCGCAGCAGAGCGAGGAGCCCACUGUUGCCACCCCCCCGCAGCGAUGGUUUGUCACCCCUGCCAACAACCGACUGGACUUUGCUGCCUCGGCAUACGACGCCGCGGAUUUCGCCGGUAACGCCGCCACCUUGCUGUCCUACGCGGCGGCCGGAGUGAAGGCUCUCCCCCUGCCGACUGCGGGCUGCUCCAACCGGCCUCUUGGCUAUUACGCAGACCCAUCGGGCUGGGGAGGACGUACGCCGCCGCAGUACUGUGGCGUCAACAGCAAAUCCAGCUCGGUCUUUUCCUGCUGGCCCGCUAACUCUCUCGGUGGCAGGGCAGGGGCCAACUACCUGACCGAGGAGGGUGACUCCAUUCCCACGGAGAGGUCACCGAUCGGCGGCUCGGAGGAGGCCAAACCCAAAGACAUGACGUCAGAUCCGAGCUGGAUAGAGACGCCGUCCUCCAUAAAGUCCAUUGAUUCCAGCGAUUCUGGGAUCUUUGAACAGGCCAAGCGGAGGAGAAUCUCACCUUCUGCCACGCCUGUUUCAGAGACUGUGUCCCCGCUAAAAUCUGAGCUGCUGGCGCCCAGAGAGUGCGAGAAAAACUGCACAAAGGACAUUGGUUACUACAGUUUCUAUCCUCACAGUUAAAUCAAUCUAUCUAUCUAUCUAUCUAUCUAUCUAUCUAUCUAUCUAUCUAUCUAUCUAUCUAUCUAUCUAUCUAUCUACUUUUAAAAAAGUUAAAAUUUAAUGGCCAAAGUGUAAAUUCUUCCUCUCUCUAACAUGAGCUGGGCGCCCACUGUUAAGUCAGAAUACACUGUAAAAAAAGUAUAUGAAUAUAAUGUAAAUAUAAUUGAUCAUUUGGUGAUAGUGAUUGGUUGUACACAAACUAGAAUUCAUGAGUAGUGUCUUAAGGAACAAGCUCUGUCCAGUAGCCUGAAAACUGUUAGUAAAGAAAGAUAUUAAAAAUUCUGUACAUGAAAAUGUUCUUGUGUAGCAUAAACUGGCACAAUAAUCCCUGUCAGUGAAGAUGUAUUUUGUACUUUAUCAAAGCUGUAGGUUACCAGAUGUUUAUGGCGUUACCGAUCACUGCUAUACGUUUAUGAUACCUGUGCUUAAAGAACUUAUAAAUGUUGGUUAAUGUAGACUUAGAGUCUUUUUUAUGUUUUCAUUUGGCAGGUUAUUUUAUAGCCUGUGUGCUAUAUGCUGUUGUGGAAAUCUCUGUAUCUGCUGUAAUGUGACUUAAGUAUAAUAAAUGAUGUUGUCAUCAGG